AUGGAUGAGGCUGCCUCAGCACAGACGGCUGACCCGGUUGAAGAUGCCAAGCAGGCUUCGGAGCCUUCGGAAAGUGAGGACGACGAGGACAAGGAUGUCGAGGAGCAGGCUGCCUCUGCGCAGCCCGCCGACCCGGUCGAAGAUGCCCCCAAGGACGAGCCGCUGCAGCAAACAGCUCUGGUGAACGAGGAGGAUCUGGCCACAGCCCGACGAUUGCAAAAAGUGGCCAUCAAUCAGCUGGAAACGGCACAGCAGGCGGUUGACACCCUGCAGAAGGUGUGGCUACAAGAAUUGGAAGCCCGCGGCAACACCGAAGAGGCCAAGGAGGCGGAAGCAAAGCUCAAGGAGGCGGAAGCAAAGGUAAACAAGGCCGAGCAGAAGUACAAGGAAGCCCAGCAGAAGUACGAGGAGGCCCAAGCGAAGGUCCAGGCAGGACCAGCGCAGGACCUGUUGGCCAUCCCCGACUCAACUGGGCACUCGGCUUCUGACCUGCUGGCCAUCAAAGACCGGCUGCAACAACUGUUGUCUCGCAACCUCCACGCGGAGCCAAAUGAUGCAGACUAUGUGAACCACGAGGACACAUCCAAAGCAUUUCUUUCGGAAGUCAGCACGAUGUUGGAGCACUUCAAAACCAGCAGGCGGUUGAACAAAGCUGACAGUCCGCUGCUGGAAUACGCCACCAUGAGCGGUGCUGGCAAAACGCGUUGGGGCUUCCAUGUUGAGCGGUUGCUGAAAGCAGAACUCCCCGACUGUGCUAUACUUCGUGUGGGGCUGAACUUUAAUGGCGGUUCUGGCGGCGGCGAUGCUGAUCGCACCGAAGCAGUUCAUCUUCUCAGUACUCAGAAUUUCUCCGACCAACAAACCAUGGCCUGUCUUCUUUUUGCUCGGGGACUCCUACAAUGCUCGCCAGACGCCGUCCGUCAUUUUGCAGCCUGGCUCAGGGGAUUAACAACACCGGACGUGCUGGAUGCCCUUUUUGAAAGUGCCCCAGAGGCAGACACUCGCAUCCUUGUCGUUCAUUUGGAUGAGCUCGCCAUGCUAUUGAAGGAGACACGCCUUGGCUUCACUGACAAGAAUCUCAAAGAGUUUGUGAACAACUUGGCUGACUACAACUGUGGGCAGAGGCCGCUGGGAUUGGUGGUGCCCGUCAUUACCCAUACUUCGCCGGUGAUAUGGGAUCCAGAGACAACUACAAUACCGCUCAAGCGCAUGAAUCUGGGUCCCUUCAGUUUCGCGGAGUCGUUAAAGUUCUUUCAAGGCAUCAAUGUUACGGACCUGGACUCCCUGCUUGCGAUUAGCGCCUGUGGUGGUCACGCCGCGUUGCUGGUGGAGAUGCGUAAAUUCAUGGGGCGGAAGAGUGGUGGACUUGGUCCACUGAUCACAUGCAGUCGUCUUGAUCUUCACCGAAAAUCCGUCAAAGCAAUGGGCAUGUCCAAGCAAGAAUGCAUUUCACUGCUCAAGGCGAUCCUUUUGCAACAGGUCGUCCUCGAAGACAAGAUUCGAAGGUACUCUCAGAAGGGUCUACUCUUCCUUGAGGACGACGAUGGUAGGUAUCGCGUUUCAGUCCCAUACCCAUGCUUGUUGAACCUGCUGGAGGUGCUUGAUCGACCAGGGCGUUUUGAGAACCUGCGGUGGACUGGCAACACUCCAGCAAAGAGCAGGUGGAGAACGAAGGCAUUCGAGGCUCUCUGCGCCAUUCGGAUUGCCAUCGAAAUGAAAGACUUCCCCUACGAUUCGCCACGUGAUCCUAACACUGUAGCGACGACAUUCGUGAGAGAGAAGAAGUCUUGCGUCUGCCUUGCAAAGAAUCAGAACGAGGCAGGUGUGGACGCCAUCGGGGUUGAUGGUGGUACAAUGAUUUUGUUGCAAUGUAAAUACCCAGAAAUGGAUUCCACAGCGCAAGACUGGAAGGAGGUUGAGCAGUUCAUGAAUUUCACAGCAAAAACGGGUGUGGAGUGGGCCAAGAAAGCAGGGUGCAACCAAAUCCGUGCCAUCUUUGCCACCGGGAGGGCGCCGAGAAAUUACACAUCCACAAGGCCAACUGAGCUUGAGGUUGACGGUGUGCAUAUCUCUUACACAGUCUAUGCGAAGACCGAGAACCGAAAAGACUGUGCAAUCAGGGCAAUGCCGAUCAGUACUUGGAUUCCUUCCAGCGUCAUGUGCUUCUGA